UCGUAGGGAGUGGAGUUUUCCUGUAUCCUGCAAACUGACAAGACAGGACAUGUAAAGUCUGUGUGCAUGUGAUGACGUCGCAGCUGCUGAAUCUGGUUUGGCAGGAUUUCUGAGGGAAGGGCGAGAGUAGAGACAGACACAGAGAGGAAAAGCAGUGGAACAGUUUAAACCAGUUUUCACUGAACCGUUUUUAACUUUACUGUUUUUUAUAUUAAUCGUUUCCUGCUGGUGUCGACACAGUGCGUUUUGGUAUUUGAGCCCGGUUUCAGCACUAGGGUGCUCUUGUGUCUAUAUCACCCAGGCCAGUGCAGCAGCAGGGAUGAACUGGUCGGGGCUUGAGGGUCUGUUGAGCGGAGUCAAUAAAUACUCCACUGCGUUCGGGCGGAUUUGGCUGUCCAUGGUGUUUGUGUUCCGCGUCCUGGUGUUUGUGGUGGCGGCGCAGAGAGUUUGGGGCGACGAGAGCAAAGACUUUGUGUGUAAUACUAAACAGCCCGGCUGUACCAACAUCUGCUAUGACUUCAUCUUCCCUAUCUCCCACAUCCGUCUGUGGGCGCUGCAGCUGAUUUUCGUCACCUGCCCGUCUCUGAUGGUGAUGGCUCAUGUUAAAUACCGUGAAGGAAAGGACGCGAAAUACGUGGAGCUGCACCACGGCUCUCACCUGUACGCCAACCCUGGCAAGAAGAGAGGAGGCCUGUGGUGGACCUAUCUGCUGAGUUUGGUCUUCAAAGCUGGAUUCGACGUAGCGUUUCUUUACAUUCUGUAUCGGAUAUACCAUGGAUACGACUUGCCCACGUUAUCCAAGUGUUCGCUGGCACCGUGCCCCAACACCGUGGACUGCUUCAUUAGUCGCCCAACCGAGAAAAAGAUCUUCAUGAUCUUCAUGGUCGUUUCCAGCGCGCUGUGCAUCUUAAUGUGCAUCGUCGAGAUGACUUAUCUCAUCGGCAAGCGCAUCUCCAAAUUGUUAAGGAUCCGCCAAGACAACGAGAGGCUCCUAUUUGCUGAGCAGCAUGAGCUCACCAGCAUGGCCCCACCCAGGUCCCAGUAUCGCAGGACUGAUCCAACGCUGACAGAGAGCAAGAUGAGUUUAUACAAAAGGGAGAAGAUCAGAGACGGUGGUGUAACUACGACUCUGUAGGACACGACGGUCACUAAACCAUGGGUUUGUUUCUAACGGGUAGCCGUGCAACAGGACCAAAAGUUACCUAAUAAAGUUAUCGAACCAAAAGACUGAUAAAAGGGCCGACCCUUGUGUAUCGCGUCCUGUGACUCAGCUGAACAUGAAACAUUCAUGACUCUCCGUUGGAAGGACCUCCAACACUGGCUGGUUGUAUGUUGAACACUGUUAAAGAAGAAGACUACUACUAUGUGUGGAUAUUACGUUUUUAUCUUUGUACCAUAGAUCUGAUCAGCUUAUGGCUGACUAUACAAGGACAAAUGUUUUUUUAUAGCACAAACCUGAUGUUGUGUUUGAGGGCAUUGUUGAUUGUUUGUUGAUCAUGAAUCAACACCAAUAUGUCAUGUUACAUGUGGUAUCGCAUAGCCAGAUCUCCACAGCGCUGUGUCAGCGCUAAAGAAAGGUCUGGCUCCACACAUUAUCAUUCUGGUAUAGGGGGAAAAAACACUCUUGCUUGUUUGUAUUUCUUUAAACCAAUCACAAUCGUCUUAGGCGGCGCUAAGCCCAGGAUGCAGCGACGGCGCCCUUGCAGCACAUGGGAGAAGUUUGAUCAAACCAAACCCAAACCAUUAUCUUUUCCUAUACCUAACCGAGUAGGUUUGUUGCCUAAACCUAAGGAGAUUUCUGGCAGAGGUCCCUGAAGGCAACCUUCUCCUUUGCAAAAUAGAUAGCGGAAGGGGAUGAGAAUGACGCAUGGGAUAUGCCAACACGAUCUUAUCCCAACUCGUCACAUACUGAUGCUUUGUCAUACCCCUCCGCAUCCCUUUUCAGUCGCAGUUAACACAUACUUAAUGUUGUGAAUUAAACAAAAACAUUGGUUUAGGUUUAGGCAACAAAACCACUAUAGUUAGGUUUAGGAAAAAACAACAUGGUUGGGCUUAAAACUACUAUGUUUGUACAGUGAAAAUGCGACUUGAUGUUGUGGCGGUGCGUCUCAUUCUGGCGCUGAAGGGUGCCUUGUGCGGUGGUAUCGAAUGCUGACGGCUGAGACAAAGCGUCAGUAUUUGACGCCCUGGGAAUGAGAGCGGGCUGCAUACACGGCGGCUCAUAUCCACAGUCCGGUGAGUCAGACUAUGUUACAUGUAACACCCUGGUGUACGUUUUGUAAAUUACAGCACUUUGGUAUCUUCAGCACUGUUAAUAGCUUUGUUAAUUGUGUGUUGCCUCCAGUGCUCUGUGCGUUCAUAUUUCUUCUACUAAAGGGACCAAAAUGCUGCUGGGAAUUCGAUGAGAUGACCUCAAAUGUUGAGUUAUCCAUCAAGAUCGAAGAUGGUCUAAAUCUAGAUUUGGAUAUGCACACUAACUGAUCUGGCAGAUGUUACAGGAUACAAGGUCACAAGGUCAUCGUGUACUUUCAACCUUGGUUAAAUCCCCAGACAUAGAGCAGACUAUUUCUGCUCUGACUAAAAGUCAACUGGAAUGUCAUAACUUGGUCCAAUAGUUUCUUUUAAGGCUUGUUUUUAUUGACCCAUGUAGUGAUAUAUUUAAUUGAUUGUAAAAUAAAUGCUGGUGUCUAGACUGUU